AUGAUCAAAGGAGGAAGUACAGGAAAAGUGAAAAUGUUGAGUAUGAUCUUGUGGGUGAGAAAAGUCAAACCCACAGCAGUCAUGAUGAAUACCAUUAAUCAGAGUUUGAAUACCCACAGAGCCAAAUAUCCCUUGAGAAGAGUGGAAGUGAAAACCUUUACCAUUGGCUCAGGAACUCAGUCUAAGAUUACAGAUCAUCUGUUUCAAGGCCAGAUGCCUAAACGUCUCAUUUUAGGCUUUGUGGAGAAUGCGGCCUUUAACGGAGAUAAAACUAAAAAUCCCUUUCAUUUCCAAAACUUUGGGAUCAAGAAAUUAGACGUCAGUAUCAACGGAGAGACCAUGAGUACUCGUUGCUUUGAGCCUAAUUUCAACGAGGAUUUACAUCUGAGAUCAUAUCUCAGUCUGUAUCAAGCUCUGGGAAAAUUAGGAGAAGACUGGGCUCCAGACAUUACCUUAGAAGAGUAUAAAAGCGGCUACACUCUAUGGGGCUGGGAUUUCACUAAAAAUCAAGAGGCGCAAUCGGAUAAAUUCCACAUCAUAGAAACAGGAAAUCUGAGAGUAGAAGUGCAGUUUACCAACAAUACGGCUACCACCAUCAAUUGUGUGGUGUAUGCAGAAUUCGAUAACCUAUUAGAAAUUAACAAACAGAGAGAAGUGAGCAUUGAUUACUAA